AUGUCCUUCGAUAAGGCUUAUCUUCACGGAGUUGAUUUGACAGUUCUUGCAACCCUCCUGGCGCAAGAUGUUGUCAUGUCUGCCAAGGGAGACGUUUUAUCAUCUUUAUUUACGAAGGAUUCAACUUUUUCUAACGUAGGUGCUGUUUGGGAGAUUUCAAAGCCAAAGAAAGUUCUUAUUUUGGCUAAGGCCAAAAAUAUUAUCAACAACUCUUGGUACUGUAUGAUGUGUCCUACGUGUUCUAACGAAGCCACUUUGGAGGUCGAAGAAUUUUUUUCACCUGAUUGUUUUGAUGACUUAAAGCAAUUAGAAGUUUAUCACUGUUCGAAUUACGAUUGUUCUGAGACUACAGUCAAACCUGUUCCCAAAUUUAAAAUUAAUCUUGAAGUUGGUGAUGACUCUGAUUCCGUUGAACUGGUCUUAUUUCACAACCAGGCUGCUGAGCUUAUUAAUAAGUCUCCUAAACAAUUGAUUCACGAGAACACCACGUGUGAUGAUAUUGUUGUGGUUCCAAAAGAGAUAAGGUCACUGGUUGGGAAGUUUUUCGCAUUCAAGAUAGAGAUCACUGAGUACAAUCUUGUACAUUACGAUGAGGUUUAUGGAAUCACCCAUAUAAGUUCUGAUGAAACUCUCAUUUGUGACAUUAAGAACAAGUUUGGGAGUGGACAGGAUCGCAAGUCGAUAAAUGGGAAACGCGGUGUUAAUGAAAAUAUGUCAAAGAGAACCUAUAAAUUUCCUUCAUCAACAUCAACACUUGGUAGAUCAGUAGCAGUAGAUGUUAACCGUAUUUUGGACAGAACUCCUCUUUCAAACAUUUCUAAUGUAAUUGAUAUCGGAGAAAGGCGUAGAGUUCGAAAAGCAAUAAUUGAUAGUAAAAAGGCAAAGAGAAAAUCUUCAUAUAAGAAGGUUGGCGUCACCUUACGAGACAAAGAAAACUUAUCUCAGGUGUCGAAUGUUACAAAUCUGUUAAAUACUCCCAUCCAGUUCCAUAGAAGUAUAAAUUCUAUGGCCUCCUUAGUUAAUAUUACUUCUGCAAAUAAUAAUAUAGAUAAUAAUGAUGGGGCGUUAUCUACACCUGCGCUAUAUUCAUUUACUUCAAGUAUCGUGACACCUACAAAUUCGUGUACAACAUCUAACACAUCAUCACUUAGUAAGUUAUCAGCUGGUAAGCGCAAAUUGAAGCACAUGGCACGUGAUAUAACCCCAGUAGUUAUGGUGGAUUUGGAUUCUGUUGACGAAUCCAACGAAGAAGUUUUUGUGUUGGAUCCUUAUAAAGGAAUUUCAACAGACUAUUUAGAUCAUGGUGAUCAGGAUCUUAUAUGUCAGAUUUGUUAUGCAAAGUUGUGGUCUUCAGAAGGUGGCAAAGGUCGUAUAACAAUGGAUAAACUAUGUUAUGGUUUGUGUUGUGGAUAUGGGAAAGUUGAGCUACCAGUAUUAAAAGAUGCUAAUUCGGAGUAUCAACAGUUUUUUCAUAAUUGCGAUACGAAAAGCAAGUUCUUCUUGAAGAAUAUCCGACGUUAUAAUUUUAUGUUCUCUUUUACAUCUAUGGGUGGAAAGGUUGAUUCGAAGAUCAACAAGGGUAAUGCCCCAUUCAUAUACCGUAUUAGUGGUCAAAAUUGUCAUAGUCUUGGUAGCUUAAGACCGCCUAAUGGGAAACAAGCUAAGUUUUCUCAGCUAUACAUAUAUGAUACUGAGAACGAGAUUUCUAACAGACAGAGUGUAUUGGGGAAUCAACUAUCUUCACAUGAGAAGGAGUUGGACGUUGAAAUAAUUGAAUACCUCAGAGUUUUUUUAGAUUCUCAUAACGAGUUGGUUAAAUCGUACAGAAUGGUAAGAAACCACUUUCAUGAGAAUCCUCAAGCAAACUUACAGCUCCGUCUCAUUUACAAAAGAGACAAAGAUGGUAGGACUUAUAAUCUACCAUCCACUACUGAGAUUGCUGCACUGAUUGUUGAUGAUUUAGAUCCAUCUAUUGAUCGUCGAGACAUUUUAGUUGAAACUGAAUCUGGUAUGCUUCAACCUAUUAGUGAGUUACACCCAUCCUAUCUUUCUCUUCAAUAUCCCAUUCUUUUCCCGUUUGGUGAUGAUGGAUAUAGAAUCGACAUUCCUCAUAGAGAAGGUUUUUUGGUUGAUGCUUACACUAUGAUUGAGAGUGAAAGGCUCAAUUUCAUACGUGGUAAGCAGAAGAAUCUACGUUCCGAGUCAUUUGAGAAUCUUCAAAAGUAUAAGGACAAUGGUAAACAAAAUUUAUCAAACACUGGUCAAAAGGUAAUUUUACCUUCAUCUUUUACUGGAGGUGCUCGGUUCAUGCAACAAAACUACCUCGAUGCUAUGGCGUUAUGUAAGUGGUUUGGAUACCCAGAUUUUUUCAUAACCAUUACAUGCAAUCCCAAAUGGCCUGAAGUUUCAAGAUUUCUUAAUGAUACAUCCAUUAAAGCAGAAGACAUGCCUGAUAUAUUAUGUCGAUUGUUCAAGAUGAAGCUGGAUUCAAUGAUUAAAGAUAUAAAGGAUAAUAAAUUUUUUGGUGAAAUCAAUGCCAUUGUUUAUACCGUUGAAUUUCAAAAACGUGGCCUACCGCAUGCACACAUUUGUUUAUUCAUGAAGGUGGAUCACAAACUUCCGACUGUAGAUCAUAUAGAUCCUUUUAUUUCUGCUGAAAUUCCGGAUAAAUCAGAAGAUCCUCAGUUACAUUAUCUUGUGUCUGAGUAUAUGAUUCAUGGUCCUUGUGGUGCUGCUAACCUGAGUUGUCCUUGCAUGGUUGACAACAAAUGUUCUAAACGAUUUCCGAAAAAAUUUUCGGAUCAUACAAUUAUUGACUCAAGCGGUUUUCCUGCUGGUUCGAUAAAGUAUCUGUUUAAGUACAUUAACAAAGGACCUGACCGUGCUACGGCAGUUUUAUAUACUGAUUCAACCGGUACUAGCAAUCAGAAAAUAAAUGAUGAGAUCAAACAAUACUACGAUUGUAGAUACAUAUCAGCCUGUGAAGCGUCUUGGAGAAUUUUCGCAAACGAAGUUCAUUAUAGAUAUCCUGCUGUAAUGAGGCUACCUUUUCAUUUACCUGGUCAACACAAUGUAGUAUACGGUGAAGAUGAUGAUAUUGAAGAUGUCUUGAACAAACCAUCUGUUAUCUAUUUUUUUUUGCAAUGGAUACGUUUAAAUGAACGUGAUGAAGAAGCACAUAAACUGACUUAUGUGGAGUUCCCGACAAAGUAUGUUUGGAACUUAAAAGAUAGAUGUUGGCAAGUACGAAAAAGGUAUAAAACUGUUGGUAGAGUUCAUUCUGUUUCGAUUGCUUCAGGAGAACCUUAUUAUUUAAGGAUUCUUCUAAAUAAAGUUAGAGGUCCUAAAUCAUUUGAAGAGAUUCGAACAGUGAACGGACAAGUAUAUCCCACAUUUAAAGAUGCAUGUUAUGCGAUGGGUCUUUUAGAUGAUGACAACGAAUAUGUUGAAGCCAUUAAGGAAGCAAGUUUUGAAGCUCAUUGUCGGUAUUUAAGAUCAUUAUUUGCGACAUUGCUUUUAACAAAUAAGCUAUCAAGACCUGAAUUUGUGUGGGAAAAAACUUGGCACUUACUAGGAGACGAUAUUCUAUUCAAGCGUCGCAAAGAGACACAUAUCCCUGAUCUAAUGAUUCCUGAACAUCAUUUGAAGAAUCUAAUUUUGGUGGAAAUUGAGAAUUAUUUAAUUUCCAAUGGGUCUACAUUAAGUAAAUUUUCUACGAUGCCCUUUCCAGACGACGAUUCGUUACGUCAAGGUACUAAUCGUCUAAUCAAUGAGGAAUUAUCGCAUGACACACAUGAGUUGAAAAGUGAGUUUAGUCGAUUGAAAGAAUCUCUAACUGAAGAGCAGUUAAACGUUUUUAACCAAAUUGGCAAUGCAGUCGAAUGCCAAAGUGGAGGGUUGUUUUUCGUAUAUGGUUACGGUGGAACAGGGAAGACUUUUUUGUGGAAGACCUUGGCUUCUGCAAUAAGAUCUAAAGGUCAGAUAGUGUUGAACGUUGCUUCCAGUGGUAUUGCUUCAUUAUUAUUAUCUAGAGGACGGACAUCACAUUCUAUAUUUAAAAUUCCCAUAAACUUGACAGAAGAUUCCAUGUGCUUCAUUAAGCCGAACGAUGACGUUGCUAAUCUUUUAAAAGAGUCAAAGUUGAUUAUAUGGGAUGAAGCCCCUAUGGUGCACAAGCAUGCGUUUGAGGCACUAGAUCAAACAAUGAAAGACAUUCUGUCGUCUUCUACGAAUAACCCUUCUGAGCUACCAUUUGGAGGUAAAGUUAUUGUGUUUGGUGGUGACUUUAGACAGAUACUACCUGUUAUCCCAAAUGGUACGAGACAGCAGAUUGUUAAUGCAUCUUUGAGUUCUUCAUAUCUAUGGUCAGAAUGCAAGGUUUUAAAGUUAUCAAAAAAUAUGAGGUUGAGAAUUGGAGCUGAAUCAUCUAACAGUGAUUCGAUUCAGAAGUUUGCAAAAUGGCUACUUGAUAUUGGUGAAGGAAACAUUGGUUCAGAAAACGAUGGUGAAGCGUUUAUAGAGUUACCCGAUGAUUUAGUAAUUACCGACUCAGAUGAUCCAAUUCAAAGUUUAAUUGACUUUGUUUAUCCUUCAAUUUUACAUCAGUAUAAAAAUCCUGAAUUCUUUUCAGAGAGAGCAAUUUUAGCACCAAAGAAUGAAGUAGUUCAUGAGAUUAAUGAUCGAUUACUUUCAUUAUUUCCAGGUGAAGAAAACGAGUAUUUGAGCUCUGACAGUAUAUGUCAAACAGAGCAAGUUCUUGAUUCUUUUCAACAAGGUCUAUACUCUCCUGACAAUUUGAAUGCUCUGAAAAUAUCCGGUUUACCUAACCAUAGGUUGGUUCUUAAAGUUGGUGUUCCUGUGAUGCUUCUUCGAAACAUUGAUCAACAGAACGGACUAUGUAAUGGUACUAGACUUCAAGUAACCUUUCUUGGUAAACGAGUAAUUGAAGCGGAAGUAAUAUCUGGCGGAAAUAUCAGCACAAGAGUUUUUAUUCCAAGAAUUAGUAUGGUUCCUUCAGACAAAAAGAUACCUUUUCAAUUUCAAAGAAGGCAAUUUCCUUUAACAGUUUGUUUUGCUAUGACAAUUAACAAGAGUCAAGGACAGUCGCUAUCUAGAGUUGGUUUAUAUUUAAAAGAUCCUGUAUUUACUCACGGUCAAUUGUACGUGGCGUUAUCCAGAGUCAAGUGCAGACAAGGUGUUAAAAUUUUAUCAGUUGAUUGCGAUGGUAAACCUACAGCGAAGACAUCUAAUGUAGUGUACAAGGAGAUUUUUCGUAACUUGUAA